CUAGCGUGGGUUCUCCACGAUCACAUUUAGAGUCUCCAUACUCGUCCCCUUCACAACAAGUGCCCCACUUGACGAAUGUAUUCUCCGGUAUAAGCUGUGGAGAUGAUAUUGCAAUGCUCAUUGAUGGUAAACAACCAUAUCUAAGGAUAGUGGAGCAACCACAGAUCUACUUCAGAUUCCGGUACAGGAGUGAGAUGGUUGGCACUCAUGGUUGCCUGCUCGGGCGGUCCACUACUGCAAAUAAGACCAAGACACAUCCUACAGUUGAAUUGGUGAAUUACACAGGGAGAGCGUUAAUCCGAGCGCGAUUGGCGCAAGUCGACAAAGAUGAAGAGCAUCCUCACAAACUGUUGGAAGAUGAGCAGGAGGAUCGUGACGUCAGCACAUACGUACCUGAACAGGGGAGCUAUAAAGUUGGAUUCGCAGGUAUGGGUAUCAUACACACGGCGAAGAAAGAUGUUCCUGGAUUGCUAUUCAAAAAGUACAUGGAUAGACUAAAGAAUGCAUCGGCCAAGGAGUUAAGAGCGCACUGUGAAAAUGUUGCUAAAACCAUCAACCUGAACAUUGUACGACUGAGGUUCAGCGCUCACGACAUCCUCACCGAUAAGGAAAUAUGUCCCCCGGUCUUCUCGGAACCGAUAUCUAACAUGAAGAGUGCCGCCACCAACGACUUGAAGAUUUGUCGCAUCAGCAGAUAUUUUGGAAGACCUCGAGGUGGCGACGAUGUCUUUAUACUUGUUGAGAAAGUUAACCGAAAAAACAUAAUGAUCCGUUUCUACGAGGUAAAUGAACAAGGAGAUGAAGUUUGGUCUGCCAACGGUAACUUCUUACAGAGUGAUGUACACCAUCAAUAUGCUAUUGUAUUCAGGACACCGCCGUACAGAGACCCACAAAUCUCCAAAGAUGUGAAGAUAUACAUUGAAUUAGUUCGUCCCUCUGACGGCCGGACUAGUGAGCCCAAAGAGUUCGUAUACAAGGCUAAUCAAAUGUACAAAUGCAAUAAGAGAAAAAGGUUCAACUCUCCAUUCUCCUCUUUGGAUAGCUCCUCAGGUAGCUCCAUCAAAAGUAUUAUUGAAGUGCCAGCCACAGUGGAAAUGCUUGAUAAUCGUGAGCGAAUGGAUGAAAUGAAUAACAUUCCAGUAUACCAAAUUAAUAUUCCACCUGUACCAACGGUGCAGCCGACAACGAACAGCGACCUAAUAGCAGAUGCUUUAUUGUACGGCACGGAUCCACAACCCGUCAGCGAAAGCUCCAUGAUGUCCAGUCCCAUGUUUGGUCAGCCUAACAUUCCAGAACCACCCAUCAUACAACUCAAUUCCUCUGAAUUGGAAAGGUUGAUUAACCACGACCCGCAUUUGCCGUCUGAAGAGAGGAAACGUUUCUGCGAAACUGACUGGACUGAAUAUAUGGCGUCUUUUGGAGAAAGUAUUCCUGAUAAGUCCAAUAGUAUGAGUGAUUUUAUUCGGUCGUCGUUACAGUUAGCUGCCGAUGGACCAUCAAAGAAUCUGAAAAAAGAACCAUUGUCACCAACAAAAAGUACAAAAGUUAAUGAGGAAAAGAAACUAAACAUAGUGGACAAAUCCAAGGGCACCAGCGAAUAUAACGCUUUUUACAAAGCGGAAGACGGUAUGGAAGUUAAGAAGCUGGUGAAGGAAAUAUGCGACAUUAUCAAGAACAAAGGCGGCUAUAAGAAACAAUUCCUGAGAAGCAAAUUGGAGAGGCUGUUUGAAAUGCGACUCUCCAAUGGAGAUACUUUCCUUCACAUGACCCUAAGCAACAACCAGCCGAGUUUUGAGUUCAUAAUAAAAUUGAUCCACUCAAUACGGAUGACGCACCUACUUAAUUUCACUAAUGACAUGCAACAGACCAUUUUACACCUCGCCGUCAUACACGAGCUGCCUCAACUGGUCUCCUUCCUCGUAGCUAAAGGUUGCGAUCCGAUGGUGGCAGACAAAGAGGGAAACAACGCAGUACACUACGCAGUGAUAUGCAACACCUGUCUCAAGCCGAUGCUGGAGGCAAUCAAAAUCAAUCGUAUCGCGUGUGACUUGGACGCCUACAAUCAUGAAAAGCAAACAGCGCUGCACUUAGCGGCAAUCUACAACUCUGAAUCAAGCGCGGAACUACUCCUACGCCACGGUGCUAGCUACCUCGCGCGCGACAGCGAGGGUCGUACACCACUACACCUAGCCACUUACGACGAUUAUCUCGGUGUUACGAAAACGUUAUUGCAAUUUGUCAAGCCUGAUGACAUCGACGCAACAGACGGAAGUGGCAACACUGCUCUACAAAUCGUUUGCGGGUGCAGUCAGCGACAGAAUACGCUUGAAAUCGUUAAAUUAUUAUUAGAAAAGAAGGCGGAUCCAUUAACGCACGAAGUGAAUAACGAGCCGGCGUGCAAACUGGCACGGGACAAACCGGCCCUGGAUCAACUGCUGCGGAAGCACGUACCGCUGAUAAUCGUCGACGAGGAGAUCAAGUCUGAGCCCGAGGACGACUUCGAAUCCGCCGAUGAAGGGGAGGGUAGCGAAGGCGGUCUGUGUGAGCUGUCGCUGUACUGCGGCGCGGUGGCGGCGCGGCUGGACCGCGGCGGUUGGCGGCACCUGGCCGCGCGUUUGCGCCACGACGCUCUGCUCUCCUGGCUGGCGCACACGCGCAGCCCCACCGCCACGCUGCUCGCGCACAUCAAGGAAUCGGGCGACAAUUUAACAUCGAGAGCAUUAGCAAUGCAUUUAGAAGAGUUAGGGGAAAUUGAAGCCGCCAAUAUCAUAAGACAAAUUUAUUCUUAACAUUGACUUACAUUUCAGCAGUGUAUACACCUGGUUUUUUUUUUUUCAAUAUUUAUAGCAAAAUCCAAAUGACGUUAGACUACGUAGGAUAUUGACUCAAAUGUAUUUUUCAGUUUAGGGGUUGGACGUCAUUUGUAAGCACGCGAUCGCAUCAUCCAUGUACACUUAUUGCACCGCAUGUAAGCACUUUGCAUGCGACAGCGCGUGCUAACGCGCUAUACAGCAUACAUACGCGGCCAAUUGAAUCGAUUACGACGGUAUCGCUCCUUGCGAAUUAGUGGGGUCCAACCAUAAAAUUACCUAGAUAGUAAGAGACUGUGAUAAUAAGUGGCUUAUGUUAACGAGUUACAAAAACUGUAGGAGAAUCAUACACGCCCCAGUUGGGUACGAGACUCCUCAAAGCGGAGGGUUUAGGCCAAAUACUGUUAACAAGUUUAAGUUUUAUUAUACAAUUUAAGUAAUGCACUCAUUAGCUAAGCUCAGUCCACUUACACACGUGGUACUGCGAUGCAAUAAAAUAUUCUGCCGCCGUAAGUUGAAAAAGCUGUAUUGCUGUGAUCAGCAAAAAAAAAGACGAAUGCGCCACUGUUUACAUUUUUUUCCUAGGUGGAUUAGGCAUGAAGUUACCAUAAGAGAAAAGGGCGUAAGUACCCACAUUUUAUGGUCAAAAUAAGUUAUAUGGACCCAUUUACAAAACAACUUGGUAAAAAGCCGUAAUUGCAUAUAAACGUCAUUUCGUUUUAACUACAUAUUUCAAUGAUAUAAGUUUUUAAUAAAUCAUAUAAAUAAAGGAACGAAAAGACGCAAGUAUCAUUUAACUUUCUAAAUCUUCCUCAGAGCUAUUAUACUCUGUAUGUAGUUACUGAAAAGUGUUAAUUUCCCAGAUGACGGUUACACAAUGUAUGUGAGCAAUUUAAACUAAAAGGUAUUUCCAAUGUUACCUUUCACUUAUACAAUAAAAAUCUAGAAAAUGUCAAGCUACGACAUUGGAAAGACAUUGUAACCACAUACUGCCAUUUCAUCUUAUCAUUACACUGACGUUAACAAUAGUGUUUUAAUUAUACUAAGUUGAAAAGGCAUAAGUGGUUACUUGCACGGUGGGCACCUUACCUAGUAUUGAGUAUUUUUACGAACAUUGUUUUACUAAGUUGAAAAUGGAAAAAGGGUCAUCAUUAAAUAAUGAAGCAUAAAUAAUAAAAUAUUUUAAUUCUAAAUUUUGCGUAUAAUAUAGGUUUAUCUUACUGCGUCUACAGAAAGUGUGUACGUUUUUUUCUGUUUGGAAACAGCAGAUGUUUUCUCAUUUCAUUUCUUUAAAUAUUAUUUUCUCAGUUUUGAGUUGUUGUCACAAGCGCCCUUUCAACUAACGGCGGCAGUAUUCAUUGGGUUUCUUAACAAUAACACUUAACGACUCGAGCUAGAAUGCGAUUGAUAAACACGUUUAUGUGGUUUCGUGUGUGUUCUGCCCCACAGUAGCGCACCGCCAGUGCGGGUCAUUUUGGUCGAAAUCCAUUUAUCAGCUCGUUUAGUAAAUAGAACUUGCUUUUAGUGAUUAAAUAGGGUGCGGUGCAAAUACGUGAUGAUAAGUGGAGAUCGACCAUUUCAGUCGUCUCAAGUUUUUAUUAUACUUAAUUAGUGCAUAUUUUAGUAUAAGGCCAAAUUGUUUUUAAUGAAAUUAAA